AUGUUAAUGGCGAAUUUCUUAUCAAACAGAUCUCCUUCCGCACUUUCAGCAAGGGGUUUCAGAAAUUCAGAGACAAAUACGAACACCAGAAGGAGCUUCAGUGGCAACCCUUUUACCAGACCCAAUAUUGUGGUAAAUCCUAGAAACGUAAAUCCACCUACCCAUGCAAACACCCCUGCUACAACAGUACUUCGCAAAAGCACUGGUAGCUCGAUGUUUCAGGAUGGAAAAGAGAAUCACAAAGAUAUAGUUCGUUCACCUGCUAGAUCAUAUGAAAAGAGUUUCAUGGCACCAACGAUCUCAGUUGCUUCAAAGUGCACUCCAUCACCAAGAUAG